AUGAAGAUAACGGCUCUCUAUGUCUACCCUAUCAAAGCCCUGCGCGGGAUCGAGCUCAAGUCCGCCAGGAUUGGGCCCCAGGGGAUUAGACACGACCGGAGAUUCAUGCUGUACGAGGUCCGGCCUUUCCCUGGUGAGCUGAGGAAGAUGCAGCUCGAUACGCAUCCUCAAUGUGCCUUGUUUGAGCAGGAGAUCGUGCCAGGUCCUCGAGAAGGGGAGUCAAUGGUCGUGGUGCGCUACCACGGCAGUCAAGCAGAGGGCCCGAGGGAGAACCAGCAGCUUGAGGACGCACCUCUCAAAGUACCGCUGGAGCCGGAAGUUUCAUCUCUCGAACAGAUUGACGUCGUCUUGCACAAAAGCCCCGCUUCCGCGUACCGCAUGGGUGACCCAUACGAUUCCUGGUUCAGCCAGCGCUUCGGUUUCCCCGUGAUGCUGGUCUACAUUGGCGGCGGGCGUCGUGCCGUCCCGAUCAAGUCGCUGCUGCCCAAAACUACCACAACCCAAGAACAACAACAAGGAUGGAUCUCAACGCUAGCCUCUUACAUCGGCGGCCCCAAGCCCAACCAGAAAGACUCGGAGCCAUGGCUAACCUUCACCGACGUGGCGCCGCUUCUGAUCACGUCGGAGGCUUCGUUGCGAGAUGUGACCGAGCGCCUGCUCGACGGCCAAUCACCCGGGAUGUACAAGUUCCGGCCCAACAUCGUUGUCGAUGGUGAGGGAGAGGAUCCUUGGGCAGAAGACUUUUGGGCCGAGCUCGCCAUCGACUCCGAGUCCUCUUCGGCCACCAACCAAACCGACCCCGAGCAGCACGACGGGAAGAAGAAUACCCUGAUACUGACGGGCAACUGCGCGCGGUGCGUCAGUCUGAACGUGGACUACCAGACGGGGAAACCAGCGUCUGGGGAGCUCGGGACGCUGCUCAAGAAGCUGAUGAAGGAACGCCGAGUGGACCCGGGGGAGAAGUGGUCUCCCAUCUUUGGCAGGUAUGCUUUCGUUGAUGGGAGCAAUGAUGACGCCGACGGCUUCACUGUGUCGGUGGGUGAUGGUGUGCAAGUGACACGGCGCAAUACCGAACGGACGGUUUUGAACUGGGACGGCUGA